UUAGAUGACAGAAUCACGUGAAUGGAGAGGUGUGUCUUGAAAGAAUAAGACGGGUUUGCCCAAGCCAAGCUUCACAGAGAUCUGUCUUGUUCUUGAAACGUUGGGUAUUUUCUUCUCCUCAACAAAGAAGAUGGCACCUUCAGUAAAAAAAGGUCUUUUGGAUCGUCUCAAGGAGGGCGUUGUUAUAGGUGAUGGUGGAUUUGUGUUUUCAUUAGAAAAACGAGGUUAUGUCAAAGCAGGACCUUGGACUCCAGAGGCAGCUGUUGAACACCCAGAUGCUGUUAAAAGUUUGCAUAGAGAAUUCUUGCGUGCUGGGUCUGAUGUUAUGCAAGCAUUUACUUUUUACGCAAGUGAUGACAAACUUAUCAACAGAGGUAAUCAAGCUGGAAAAUUAUUUAGUGGUAAUGAUAUAAAUGAAGCUGCUUGCAAAAUUGCCAGAGAAGUAGCAGAUGAAGGUGAUGCUUUAGUUGCUGGUGGAAUUUCACAGACUCCUUCAUAUCUGAGUGGUAAGGGGAAGGAAAGCGUUCAAGCAGAAUUCAGGAAACAAGUGCAAGUCUUUACUAAGAACAAAGUUGAUUUCUUAAUUUGUGAGUAUUUUGAGCAUAUCGAAGAAAUGGAAUGGGCUAUUGAAGUAUGUAAAGAGACUGAUUUACCAGUUGCAGCGACAAUGUGCAUUGGUACUGAGGGUGAUCUACAUAAUAAAUCUGUUGGAGAAUGUGCCGUACGAAUGGCGAUAGCUGGCGCAGAUGUUGUGGGACUCAAUUGCCAUUUUGACCCCUUCAAAAUGCUAGAAGCUAUUGCUAUGAUGAAAACAGCUCUGUCUGCUGCUGGGUUAAAGCCUUAUUUGAUGUCGCAACCCCUUGCUUUUCAUACACCUGAUGCUGGAAAACAAGGCUUCAUUGAUUUGCCAGAGUUUCCAUUUGCAUUGGAACCAAGGGUUUGUACAAGAUGGGAGAUGCAACAUUAUGCAAGGGAAGCAUAUGAUCUGGGUGUUCGAUACAUUGGUGGCUGUUGUGGAUUUGAAUCAUAUCAUAUCAGAGCUGUUUCGGAGGAGCUUGCUAAGGAAAGAGGAAAACAACCAGAAUCAUCCAAGAAGCAUGAUCCAUGGGGUGAAGGUUUAAAGAUGCAUACAAAACCCUGGGUUCGAGCAAGGGCAAGAAAAUCUUACUGGGAAAACCUGAAUCCAUCAACAGGCCGUCCAUAUUCCAGUGCAUUUUCUAAACCAGAUAACUGGGGAGUUGCAGGAUCUGAAGAGUUAAAACAGAAACCUGAAUCCACUACUGUUGAAGAAUUGCAGAAAGUAUUUGCUCAUAACUCUAAAUGAAAAUGAAUUUCAUGUAGUUUUAUACUUUUUUUAAAAAAAUUCUUGUUUUCACAAGAUGACUAUUUCCUGAACACAAUGUGUUCCUGUGGUCAUAAUAUGUAAUGUUUUGUCAGCUUUUAUUAAAUGUAAUUUUUAAUUUUAAACAUAUCUGGAUCAGUCAAAGUGCAUUUGUAUUUUUUGACUAUGAAUAAAAAUUUUGUCACCAUAAAA